AUGUGCGGUAUCGAUGGAUGUAAAGGUAGACAUCAUUCACUACUUCACUCAACCAAGUUCGAAGGAAGUCAUAACACAACAUCUUACGGACCACCGCCUCAAGUGAAAACUUCUGCGUCUAAGCCCCCUGAUAGUACCAAAAUUGUGAACUCAGUGCACUGUAGUGCAUUGCAAACGGAAUCAUCGGAAAUAAGUCUCAAAUUCGUUCCUGURAAAGUCGGUCUACCUGACAGUGAUAAAGUUAUCGAGACAUAUGCUUUUCUCGAUGAUGGCUCGGAUGCCACUUUAUGUCUACGAAGUUUAGCAGAAGAUCUUGGAGCUCCAUGUACGCCAAUAGACUAUGUGAUGUCAACAAUGUCUGGAAGUGAGGAAAAGAAGAGUGAAAUACAGUUAAGCCUGGAUGUUGUCGGUGUCUCCACUGGCAAAGGUGUUCGUCUGGAAAGAGAGCUUGAAAGGUGGCAACACUUGAAGGGAAUUGAUCUUUCGGAGUUAAGCAACAAAGAAGUGACGAUUCUUAUUGGCAACGAUUCCCCGGAAGCCUUGUGUCCUCUGGAGGUAAGGAGUGGUAAGAAGGGAGAGCCCUACGCAGUUCGAACUUUGCUGGGGUGGUCCAUUGCGGGUCCACUUAAAGGAAAGAAGAAAGAAGUUGCUCAUGUGAAUAAAAUCCACGUUGACCAAGUGCUUGGUUGUGAUCGUCCUGAGACCGCCAUGGCGAAUAUCGAAUUUCAGCUACAGCAGAUGUACAACGCAGAAUUCACAGAAAUUUCAGCAUCAGUAAGAGAAUGCCUAUCUAUGGAGGACCGGCGAGCUAAAACCUUAAUGGAAGAAUCGGUUGAAUUUGUUGAUGGUCACUAUCAAAUUGGUUUACCCUGGAAGUACGACUCCGUUAACUUACCAGAUAAUCGGAAGAUGGCUGAGAAGAGAUUGACCUUACUUAAGAAGAGAUUACAAAGAGAUCCUGAUUUGUUAGAGAAAUACACUGCCACCAUGGAAACGUAUAUUGAUAACGGCCAUGCAGCGAGAGUGAUAGGAGAAGAAGAGGCAACCAAGGGAGAAGAAUGUUGUAACACGUGGUACUUGCCACAUCACCCUGUCGUGCAUCCACAGAAGCCAGGAAAAGUGAGAGUGGUAUUCGACUGCGCGGCAACGUACGGUGGAAAAUCUCUCAACAGCGAAUUACUGCAAGGUCCUGACAAUACCAAUUCAUUAGUGGGAGUACUCUUACCUGCUGAAGAUGGCAAAGAUGAACAUGACAGCGUGACUGUAGAAACUGUGCAUAAUAAUUUCUACGUAGACGAUUGUCUUAAGAGUGUGCCAACCGUCGAAGAAGCAAUCGUUCUUAUGCAAGAACUGACGUCUCUUCUGGCAAAGAAAGGAUUUAAGCUAACUAAAUGGAUCUCCAACGAAAGAGAGGUUAUCUCCCAGGUUCCCGUCCAUGAAAGAGCAAAGUCUGUGGAUCUCGACCUAGAAGGUUUGCCUACAGAAAGAGUUCUCGGUGUUAAAUGGAAUGUAGAAAGUGACACACUGGGAUUCCACCCAGGGAAAGAAACAACGGAAACAAGACGUGGAAUUCUGUCUUUUGUUGCCCCAAUCUACGACCCGCUAGGUCUGGCCGCGCCAUUCCUAUUGCCUGCAAAGAUAGUGCUGCAAGAUCUUUGUCGUCUCAAGCAAGACUGGGACUCAUCUCUUCCCAACGAAACAGCCGAGAAAUGGAGAGAUAUGAAAGAAAAUGUUAGUUUCCUUAUUAACGUAGAAGUCCCCAGAUGCUACAAGCCACGAGACKUCAAUGAACUACAAGCAGUAGAGAUCCAUCAUUUCUCCGACGCAUCAACUGAAGGAUAUGGAACAGCGUCUUACCUACGAGUGGUCGACAAAGAMGAUAGAGUACAUUGUUCACUGUUGCUCGGAAAAUCAAGAGUCGCCCCACUGAAAACUGUUACUGUACCGCGGUUAGAACUUAUGGCAGCUACUGUAGCCGCAAAAGUCGACGAGAUGUUAAGACAAGAACUACGUCUGCCUCUACUUUGCCGUGUUAUCUUUUGA